AUGGCCAGCGAAAAGCCGGCUCCCGUCGCCCAUGAGCACCACGGCCUGGGUGGCCUGAUUCCCGGCGAGAUUCCCAUUCCCCACGGCCCCCAUGGCGACGGUGACGACCGCGACGACUACCCGCUGGACGGUGAUGAGCGCCGUGUCUUCAGCCAUGUCACUCGGCCCGACGACUCUUACACCUCGGACGGCACCUACUGGGCCGAUCUGCCCUUUGGCGAGCGCGUCAAGUUCGUUUCGGCUGUCGACCGACAGGCCGCCAAAGAAGAGCUGAGCACCAUCUGGGCCAUGAUGAAGAAGGACCCCCUGUCCCCCGUCUCAUGGUAUUUCCGCCAUGCCGUCAUCCCCGGUGCCGGUCUUGGUCUCGAGGGCUACGUCCUCUUCUCCAUUGGUAACCUGGCGCCUCUCUUCAGCCAGGUCUGGCCCGAGUGCUGGGGCUCCAAGCCGACCGUCUGCGACGCCAACUGGAUUGCCAGUGUGACAUACCUGGAAGUCGUGGGCAUCAUGAUUGGCCAGGUCAUUGUUGGUAUUAUUGGUGAUUGGAUUGGCCGUCGCUGGGGUCUCAUUCAGGAUGCCAUCAUCAUGUUUAUCGGACUUCUCAUGCUCACGGCCAGCUGGGGCAUGAGUCUCCAGGGCUGGGUUAUCUGCUACGCCUGGUCUCUGUUCUUCUACUCUCUCGGUGUCGGCGGCGAGUAUCCCAUCACUGCCACCUCGUCCCUUGAGAGCGCCGUUACUGCCGGCAAGCUGUCGACCAAGGAGGAUCGUCUGCACCGUGGCCGCCGUGUCACCAUGGCGUUCCUGAUGCAGGGCUGGGGCCAGUUUGUCAACCAGGUCCUGCUCAUCGUCCUGCUCGUCAUCUUCAACAGCGGCAAGGGUGGCCCGCCGUACACCAAGGAGGCCGCCCAGUUCACGUUCCGCCUGUCCUUUGCCUUCCCCGCCAUUGGCACCCUGUGGCUCGUCUACUACAGAACCUGGAAGAUGCCCCACGCUUCCAAGCAGCUCGCCGAAGCCAAGAGCCGCACCAGCGUCACCGGCUACGACGUCACGGCCCUCAAGUCGUGCUUCACCCACUUUGGCGGCCGUCUGCUCGCCACCGCCGGCACGUGGUUCUGCAACGACGUCUUCUUCUACGGCAACAAGCUCUUCCAGGGCCAGUUCAUCAAGGUCAUCUCUGACAACCCCAACUCCCUCCUGACCACCUGGUCCUGGAGCUUGGUCAACAUUGUCGUCUCCCUGGCCGGCUACUACGCUGCCUCCUUCCUCAUCGACAACAAGCUCUACGGCCGCAAGUGGAUGCAGCAGGUGGGCUUCUUCAUGUGCUUCCUCAUGUUCGUCAUCCCCGCCUUCAAGUACGACUACUACACCAGCCCUGCCGGCAUCCACUCCUUCCAGGCCAUGUACUUCUUGUCGUCCUUCUUCAACCAGUUCGGCCCCAACUCGGUCACCUUCCUCAUCGCCGGCGAGGUGUUCCCCACCCCUAUCCGUGCCACGGCCCACGGCUUCUCCGCCUGUCUCGGCAAGGCUGGUGCCCUGCUCGCCUCGAUUCUGUACAACUACAUCGACAUCCAGACCCGAUUCUACGUCGUGCCCUGGUUCGGCCUUGCUGGCAUGUUCCUCACCUGGCUCUUCCUGCCCGACACCACCGGCCUCGACCUCAAGGAGCAGGAGCGACGAUGGCGCUACAUCCGCGACGGCAAGGCUGACGAGUACCACGGUGUUGCCGUCCACCCCCACCAUCUGUCCCUGUGGGAGCGAUUCCGCGGCGCUAGCAAGUCGUACGAUCCCCAGCUGGACUGGAAGGCCAAGAUUGAGGACAUGCGGGCCGAGUGGGAGGCUGUCCAGGCUGCUCGCGGCCCUAAGGAGACGGAGGGUAAUGCCAAUGGCAUGCCCGAAGAUGGCGAGUUCUCCCAGGAGAUUCACGACUUCUUCAUGCGCUCCAGCCCCCGUGCGCCGCGCUCCAACGGUGUCUUGCAUGAGAAGUCUGUUACUGACGAGGCUUCUUCCGAGUAA